ACGCAUGCUCACUGCUCAUUUCCUUCUAAAUAGAAAGUAAACUGUGCGUCUGCGCUAAACUCAUUUAACCUCAAAAGACUUCAAGAUGUCGACAUCGACGGUCACGAAGCUGGGCCUGGGUCCUGUCAAGAGGUCCUUUGUACAGUUGAUGCAGACAAGAUGUACUCAAACUGCAGCUGCGACAGCAUCACAGCCAGCAAGAAUGAAGAAAUUUGCUGUAUAUAGAUGGGAUCCAGAAAAGCCAGGAGACAAACCAAAAAUGCAGACUUAUGAAGUGAAUCUUAACGAGUGUGGUCCUAUGGUCCUUGAUGCACUUAUCAAAAUCAAGAAUGAGAUGGACCCCACUCUAACGUUUCGACGGUCCUGUCGGGAGGGCAUCUGUGGAUCUUGUUCUAUGAAUAUUGGUGGAGGCAACACAUUGGCAUGUUUAUGCAAAAUAGAUGAUAACUUGGGUAAAACUACCAAAGUCUAUCCCCUCCCUCACAUGUACGUCAUCAAGGACCUAGUGCCAGACAUGAGUAACUUUUACGCCCAGUACAGAUCUAUUGAACCUUAUCUAAAGAAGAAGGAUGGAAGUGACAAGACUAUAGGGGACAAGCAAUAUCUGCAGACAAUGGGAGACCGUGCCAAACUGGAUGGGCUUUACGAAUGUAUUCUGUGUGCCUGCUGUAGCACUUCCUGUCCCAGCUACUGGUGGAACUCGGACAAAUACCUCGGACCUGCCGUCCUCAUGCAAGCCUACAGGUGGAUGGUGGACUCGCGAGAUGAUUACACUAAAGAGAGACUUUUCCAGAUGGAGGACAAAUUCUCUGUUUACAGAUGUCAUACCAUUAUGAACUGCACUAAAACCUGUCCAAAGGGUUUGAAUCCAGGACUUGCCAUUGGAGAGAUCAAGAAAAUGUUGGCCAAAUAUAACAGCAAAGAAGCUAAAGAACUGGCCACAGCUUAAUUGUCACCUGUCCCAAGUGUUAUUUUAACUGCUUUUGUUGUAACCUUGCAUCCAGAACAGUCAAACAUUUACCAGACAGUGCUGCAUCUCUGACCAACCUGGUAUUACAUGAAUGUAUGGGACAAAAACUGAUCUGCUUCAAUAAUAUUUUGAUUAUUUUAAGGAUUUGUGUUUGAUACUGAGUAUUUUAAACAUACAUCCCUUUUCUAGUGUGUAAUUGUUCAACAAAUCAAAUUAAAGUCUUCAUUGUUAGAGUCUUUAAUGUAAAACUAUUUCUUGGCUAUAUUUUGAAAUUUAAAUCAUGAUAAACAGCAUGGAAAUAACAGUAGAUCCUAGAAUGUUGUUAGAUUUGUUUUAAAAGAUUGAGUAUUUAACGGGUACAGCAUAGAAAUAUCUUGCUGGCUUGUCUAUUUUAUUUAUUGUAUCUUUAACAAUAAAUUUCAUUGUUAAAUUUGAAAA